CGUAACUUCGACCAUUAGAAGCGUCAAGACACUCAGCAAGAACAGAGCAAUGAAAAUGGCGGGUUCAACUGCACUCUCUGUUAUCUCUGUCUCUGCCAAUUCAAUCCCUAAAAUUGGCUCUUCUAAGACCGACCCAUGUGAAACUAGGGUUAGGGUUCCGAUUCAGAGAAACCCAGGUUCGAUUUCUUUCAGAUUUAGCACAAAAAUUCCCAGUAGGAGUGGGUCUACUACGAGGUUGAAUGCUGCUGGAUUGUCGGAGAUUGAGCCUGACCUCAAUGAAGAUCCGAAAGACCGUUGGGCCACUAAUGGCGUCAGCGCCGAAGAAUUUGUUUAUGGAAAGUGGGAUGAUCACCAUACUUACCAGGAAGGUCAAGAGGAAGGAACAUUUUGGGGUCUAGUUGCAGAAGAAUAUGAAGCAAUGGGACCUCCUACGGGUUUCCAAGGGCUUAUUUCAUGGCUAUUUCUCCCAGCAAUUGCUGCCGGGAUGUAUUUCCAUGCUCCGGGGGAGUACUUGUACAUUGGAGCGGCUUUGUUCACAGUAAUCUUUUGCAUUAUAGAGAUAGAUAAGCCAAGUGAGCCUCACAACUUCGAACCCCAGAUAUACAAUAUGGAGAGGGGAGCUCGGGACAAGUUAAUCGCUGAUUACAACACCAUGGACUUAUGGGAAUUUAAUGAAAAGUAUGGGGACCUGUGGGAUUUCACCGUGAAAAAGGAUGACAUCAUGAAAAGAUAAUAACAAAAGAGCGACUUGGAGGCUCCUACGAAAUUAGGGUCUGUGAAGGGCAAUUUAUACCCAACCUUACCCCGUUGUUGCAAAGGCCGUUUAUGUGACAUUACAAUUUACAAAGAGAUAAUGUUCAUUAUAAAAAAAAGAAAAAAUUUGCAUCAUAAUGUGAUGAGAUAUCCAAAGUUAUAAUGAAAGGUAUUCAUAAACUUUAGUUCUCU